AUGGCUUACCACACUCGAUCUAACAGCUUCCCCUCUAGGCCACACCCAGUCAAUCAAGAAGUUGAUGAAUAUUUGUCCAGAUUGAGGUCUUCUGAAACAACUUCUGUUGGGAAAAUUAAUAGAAUGGAAAUAACAACUCCAACCACAAAAGAACAGUCACUAUUCAUUUCCUUUCACUUUCACCUUUUCUCUUUUUGCUUUCACCUUCCAUGUUUCCUGCAGCAUGCUUUUCCCUUUUGUCUUCCACUUUCUUUAUCUUGCUUUCUUUCUUUGCCUCCCACGUUCUUCUUCCUCCAAUUAAGGAGGGAUGGCCCAACAACUUCCACAUCAUCUAUAAGCCACAGACUAAGUGGUCUUCAAGACUUACAUGAUUGUGUUGAUAGGUUGCUUCAAUUGCCACUCACCCAACAAUCCUUGGCAAAAGAGAAACAUCAGAAAUGGGCUGAUGAGAUAUUAGAUGGCUCUCUCAGGAUGUUGGAUGUUUGUAGUACUGCCAAGGAUGCCAUGUUGCAAACCAAGGAGUGCAUACAAGAACUUCAAUCAAUCAUUCGAAGAAGGCGUAAAGACCAAUCUGGAGUGGUCACAAGUGAGGUUAGAAAAUACUUAACCUUGAGGAAGACAGUGAAAAAGGCAAUCCAAAAGGCUUUGGGGAAUCUGAAGGCAAACAGAUCCACUUUCUCUUCGCUCAACAACGACCAAGAGACUAUCUCCAUUUUUAGCAAGCUGAGAGAUGUUGAAGUAGUCACUCUCACAGUGUUGGAAUCAGUGUUGUCCUUCAUCUCUGGGCCAAAGUCAAAGCCUAGCAGCUGGUCUUUGGUUUCCAAGAUGGUGCAGUCAAAAAGAAUAGCUUGCAAGGAAGAAAUGAAAGUAAACGAAUUUGCACUAGUGGAUGCUGCAUUGAAGUCACACAAGAGUUUAGACGAUGCACACAACCAACUUAACAAUCUGAACUCAUGCAUUCAAGACCAAGAAGAAGGACUCGACUGCCUAUUUAGGCAAUUGAUCAAAACAAGAGUCUCCCUUCUCAACAUCUUAAGCCACUAGAUAUUAGCAUUUUGACCAAUUUUGUACAUAGAAAAACCAUACAUACAUGUAUACCUCCUCUGAUAUCAGAUUAAUAUACAUAGUGAAACUCUUUUGGUUAAAUUGCCAGAACUCGUGAUUCUUAGUUCAAAAGCCUUCAUUUUUAUGAUCCCCAAUGGUUAAUGAAUACUGUACUAAGAUUCAACCAUUAGCCAUAUAAAUAUUGCAAUAGUCAUCCUAUCAAUCCAGGAAAUUAACUGAGAAAACAAAAAAAGAAUUCUGUACUAUCCAAUCACAAGAUGAAAAGGUUUAACUGCAACUUCCAAAUGUACAAUGCUGAGAGGUAAAUUCAGCAAUUUUGAGAUCAUAAUUGAGGUUACAUGGGAUUAGUUCAAAUUAUAUAACAUGUCAAGGCUGGAAGAUUCCAAUUGUUUCAAGGGAUAUAAGCAAUAAUCAACAAAAAUUAGUGAUGUUCAGAGGAGGGCUUGAUUCUCGAACGCUUUAAGCAGUAAACCUAUGCCGGCUGCCUUACUGUUAUAGGAAGGCAAACAUAUGUUAUCUAGGUUGAUCUGUUGAGAACGUUAUUUAUGCUGAUUAAUAUGUUCAUAAUUACUUUUGGUCAAGAUAAUGUUCGACAAACUGGUUUUAUCCAAUCGGGGCAUAAACACUACAUGUUAGGUUCUGAGCAUAUUAAUGCCGGAAGGAUCACUGACUUAAACCUCUAUCUUUUCUCGUAAAACUUAAUGAGUAACAUCAGACAAUGAAGAAUUGUAUGUAAAACCCUUUUAUCAUUUUCCAUAUUAAGUACGUUAAUCACUCACAGGAGUUAAGUAUGAAAACUCUCUAGCAUCUACAGAAGUCUUCACUACAAUUAAAUGGAAGUGAAAUCUGUCAGUAUAUUGAAAGUUUUCCCUAAAUACAGACUAAAAUUAAGAAACCAAUGGGACUAAGUA